UCACUUCCGGUCUAAAUUGUAAUGACAAUGAAUAUCAAACGGCUAGCGUUAUUUGUUUGCUGAUUUGUCUAAACAUUAUUAUGUUAACUUAAUUAGGUUAAAUACAGACGAUUACAUUUUAAAAAUUGGUUUAAUAUCGUUGUUAAAUAAGAAUUGUGAAAAUGCAGAAUAUCAUGCAGAAAAUUAUACAUGCUGCAACAAUACCAGCUUCUCCAGCUGACCGAGGUGCCCUGCCAGGAACGCAAAAACCGCUUGUCCCCGAGGAGCAAGGGAGUGGCUAUAUUGCUGACAAACUUGUUAAAGCUGAGAAAAGAAUACAGGCCUAUCCUUACGAUACAGAAGCAUGGAGCAUAUUAAUUAGAGACGCACAGAUAAGGAAAAUUGAAGAUGCAAGGUUAACCUAUGAAAGACUGGUGGAACAGUUUCCAAAUGCUGGCAAAUACUGGAAGAUCUAUAUCGAACAUGAGUUGAAACUAAAGAACUUUGAAAGAGUGGAAAAGCUGUUCCAAAGAUGCCUUAUUAAGGUUCUUAAUAUAGAGCUUUGGAAACUCUACCUAUCAUACAUCAAAGAAACUAAAGGUUCAUUACCAUCAUACAGGGAGAAAAUGGCACAAGCCUAUGACUUUGCAUUAGAGAAAAUAGGAAUGGAUAUAAUGUCUUAUCAAAUCUGGGCAGAGUAUAUCAGUUUUCUAAAAUCUGUAGAAGCUGUUGGCUCCUAUGCAGAAAAUCAGCGCAUCACUGCUGUAAGAAAAGUUUACCAGCGAGGUGUGACUAAUCCAAUGAUAAACAUUGAAUUACUAUGGAAAGAUUACACAGCAUAUGAAAAUAGCAUCAACAGUCUUAUAGCCAAAAAGAUGAUUGAUGACAGGAGUCGGGAGUACAUGGGUGCCAGGCGAGUAGCCAAAGAGUAUGAGGUGGCAACACGGGGUCUUGACAAAAACGCACCUUCCGUCCCACCACAGAAUUCUUACAAUGAAACCAAACAGGUGGAUCUGUGGAAAAAAUACAUAGCUUGGGAGAAAAAGAACCCAUUAAGAACUGAAGACCAAACAAUGAUAACAAAAAGAGUGAUGUUUGCUUAUGAGCAGUGCUUGCUGUGUCUAGGUCAUCACCCUGAUAUUUGGAUUGAAGCUGCAUCUUAUCUUGAACAAUCUAGCAAAAUUCUUAUUGAAAAGGGGGAUCAAAAUGCUGGAAAACUUUUUGCUGAUGAAGCUGCUGCCAUCUUUGAAAGGGCCAUUAACUCACUAAUGAAAAGGAAUAUGUUGAUAUAUUUCGCUUAUGCUGACUUUGAAGAGGGUAGAAUGAAAUUUGAAAAGGUUCAUCAAAUUUAUAAAAAAUUCCUUGAUGUUGAAGAUAUUAAACCCACUCUGGCCUAUAUACAGUAUAUGAAAUUUGCACGACGGGCUGAAGGUAUCAAAUCAGCUAGGCUUGUGUUCAAAGCAGCAAGAGAAGACAAAAGAUCAGAUUAUCAUGUCUUUGUUGCUGCAGCUCUUAUGGAGUACUAUUGUAGUAAGGAAAAGAAUAUUGCAUUGAAAAUUUUUGAACUUGGUCUAAAAAGGUUUGCAGAGAAUCCGGAGUAUGCUUCCUGUUACAUUGAUUUCAUGUCACAUCUUAAUGAGGACAACAACACAAGAGUUUUGUUUGAGAGAGUCCUAUCAUCUGAUCAACUACAGCCAGAAAAAUCUACAGAUAUAUGGAGCAAAUUUUUGUUGUUUGAAUCUCAAGUUGGUGAUUUGGCCAGUAUUGUUAAAGUAGAGAAAAGAAGAGCUUCAACUAUAGAAAAGAUACAAGCAUUUAAUGAAAAGGAAACAGCUUUGUUGAUAGACAGAUACAAAUUUCUAGGAUUGCUUCCUUGUGCUGAUAAUGAACUGAGGGCCAUAGGUUAUUGGGACUUGGUCAAGCAUCAUGUGCUGCAGCUGCCCACAGGUGGGGCAAAGUUAGCUCUUUUAGCAACAGCUGAUGAUGAUGACGAAAAAUCAAAACGGCCUAAGUUCCCACAGCCUGACACAGAUCAAAUGUUACCUUUUAAACCUCGAGCUGUUGUUCCAACUGGUGCACAUCCAAUACCAGGUGGGGUGUUUCCUCCACCACCAGCAGCUUCUGUUCUACUGCAGUCAUUACCACCCCCUGAAUGUUUUAGAGGUCCUCAUGUGAUUGUAGAUAAAUUAAUAGAAUUCAUGAGGAUUGUCAAGCUUCCAGAUAGGCCUGUUGGGGAAGAAAAUGGAAAAGAUGGUGAUUUUAGAUUAGACCCUGGAACUCGACUCUCUAUUGAGAUAGCAAGUGGUGCCCGCAAAAGAAAAGUUACUGAGACAGAAAGUGAUGAUGAAGAUAAUGAUAUGAACUUAGCAGCACCUGUCAAUGAUAUAUACAGAGCACGGCAGCAGAAGAAAGUAAUAAAAUAAUUAAAAGGAUUGUUAAUGUUUGUAUGCGAUGUAUGCUUGAUAAGGAAUGUUUUUCUUUUUAAUUAUCAUGUAAAAAAACAUUUAAAACACAAAAUUAACAUUGAUAUUUAAAACAAGCUUUGGUCAUGAUAGUAAUUGUUGCAUUGGUUCAGUUUUAAGACCAAAAUUUUCUUUUGGAUAAUGUAAAUAAUUUUUAAAAUGAACUUCACCCAUCCUUAAUUGCAGCUAUGUUACAUUAUGUUUUAUCAUUUAGCAUUUUGUAAUGCAGGAUCAUUCAAUAUUUUUUUUUAAUACUGGCAUCACAAACUGUUCCCAUAAUUUUAAAAAGUUCAUACAUA